AGAACAAACGGCGACCGAAUGUGAAUCGUGGAUGAUGAACAACUCAAUAGAUAAUGUAUUCCAAAGAGAAGGCAUCGCGAUUUACCAAUUCAACAUGUUUGAUGAGGUGAAUCCGAUUGAUCCAAGCGAAACAGCAACCGAGGGCGUCUUCAAGGCGACCCUGAGGAAUAACAGAAAAACUGUAAUUCUUAAACGAAUUCAUUUAAGCGAAGAAUUUAAUUUAAAUGACUUGAUUAACGAGACCUCUGAAAAUCUCUUUGUUCACAACGAAAGCAUUAAACUAUGCAGCUUCAAGAUGUCCACAAGGAUGUCUGCAUCCAGAAAGUUAACCGAAAAAUUCCGGGAUUCAGUUCAAUAUUUUGAUUCUCAGUAUUUGAGGCUAUGCGACUCCACAGCGUGUAGAAGGAGUUCAGACAUAUACAGCUUGGGUGUCCUUAUGCGAGAAAUUGCGUGCGGCGACACCCAAUUCGAGUCGAUACUGGAUUCAAGUCAUGUGUCGAGAAAUGAAAUAUUGAAUCACAUUAAAAAGUGUAGUUUAAAUAAACCUGUUGCGGGUGUACCUCGUGGAUAUUUCAAGAUUUAUACAGAUUGUAUGCAACACGAAGAAAGUCUUCGCCCGAAUAUUUCGCAAGUUCUCAGGGAUCUCAAGAGAAUCAAUGUCUCGGAUAAAAUAAGUGAACUCGAGAUUUUAAUACCGCUUUUCAAUGACAAUCAAAACAAGAGUUUGAUAAAAGCCGACAUCCUAAAUGCCGAGGAUGUUAUUAUACCCGAAUCUCAAUCCAAAUCGUUGAAAACGUCCGACAAAUCCACGGAGACUGAUAUGUUCAUUAAAAGUCUAUUCCAUUUUUUUACGAAUUUAUUCUUUAAGCAACAUCUUGUCAUGGCACCGGUUUUGAUUAAAAAGUAUAUCAAAGAUCACAAGAAGAACCCGGUCAGGGUAUUUCAUCAGUUGCUCCAAAAUCGAAAUCGAUCCUACUUUACGAGCAUGAUAGGUUGCUUUUAUCAAUACGGAAUUGGUGUUGUGGUAGAUUACAAAAUGGCAUUCGAAUACUAUUCACUGGCAGCUAAAGAUACUUUUGAUUUCGAGAAUGAAACGCCAAAUGAGAUGCCCAAUUCCGAAACGUGGAGUAAAUCGUUCAAAAGGUACAAUAUAAUCAAUAGUAGGAUUCUCAUCGCAAGUCUAUAUAUAGAUGGCAAGGGGAUAAAACAGAAUAGAAAGAAAGCCUUUCAGAUCUUAUUAAAGACAGCCGCGGAGGGAUCAAGCAGAGCAGUAAACUACAUAGGAUAUUGCUUUGAAAAAGGAUACGGAGUCGCCAAGGAUAGUCAAAAGGCCUUUAUCAUGUAUUCAAAGGCAGCCGAGCAGGGAUAUCUGGUGGCGCAAUGUAAUCGGGGCUACGGUUUUCAAGAUGGUGUGGGGACUGAAAAGGAUGUGAUCAAGGGAUUCCAAUACUAUCUAAAGGCAGCAAUGGAGGGAAAUGUGGUUGCAAAAUAUUGUGUCGGUUGGUGUUUUGAAAAUGGGCAAGGGGUGGAAAAGAAUGAUGAGAUUGCAUAUUAUUGGUAUCUGAAGUGUGCCAACGAAGGAUACAGCAGCUCUCAGAGUAAUGUCGCAUAUUGUUACUUGUCCGGUCAGGGAAUCGCACGAAAUGAAAGGAAAGCAUUCGAAUGGUAUCGAAAAGCUGGUGAGAAUGGAAAUGUGUUUAGUCAACGUAUCACCGGAAUCAAAUAUAUGAACGGAACCGGUAUAACAAAAGACAUCAUAAAAGCUAUAUUUUGGCUGCAGAAGGCAGCGGAUAAUGGAGAUACCGAUGCUAUUGACGAGUUGGAGGACAUAAUUGGAUUUAUGUUCUUACUGUUAUAA